AUGAGAAACGUUACUUUACCUACUGUGCCUGUAGCGCAGAACAUUGCAGUGAUGCAGCAUAUCGUGCAGUUUCCCAACCCUUCCCAUCUCGCUGACCCCAGCUCCCAGUGUUGGUUCUCUAUGUCCGGGACCUACCAGCUGACCAACCAGAGUUAUCUCUUCAGCCAUCUCAUCUACCAGCAUCAAGACAAUUUGAAAGACGUAAUACGAUUUCAAAUGUCAAGACUGGACGAAAGAGGAGGCCCUUCAAGUCGGCUGACCUACUCCAUCCCAUUCAGUAGUUUGUACACGUUCACAUCCAGUUUCCUGAGGGCUGGGUGGGAGGUUGACGUGUGGGUGGAGAGAUACAAAAUCUUUUAUUUCUGUAAGAAUAUGCACUAUCUAGAGAACUUUUGUGAAACGAGUAAAUUCGGGUUAGAUUGUGAGAUAGCUUGUCCAUGUAACAGCAGCAACACUGAAUGCUUCACCAACCCCGGGCCUUGUACGGUCAGGUGCCCUAAAAACUAUGUCCCAUGUAAUGAAGAAAAAGAAAAAAGAACAACAACUGUAAUACCAAUAGCGAGGUUAAUGAGCUAUAUUCUGGAAAAUGGAAAUCUUUUCUUCUUUGAGCAGUUUACUAAAAUACCAGACAACCAUGAUGCCACUAAAGUGUGCGGUUUACUGGCAGAGAAUUCAUUAAAGAAUGAAGAGAUAAAUCACCCAGCAUACGACCAUUCUCGUGUCCUUCUGAUCUCAAAUGCGGAAGAAAAUCAAGGGGAGUACAUUAACGCCAGUUUUAUUCAAGGUCUUGAUCAUGAUAUAAUUAUAGCAUCACAAGGUCCCAACAUUGUUAUGGUUGAUGACUUCCUGAGAAUGUUGUGGGAGCAGAAAGUUAGUCGAGUUGUUAUGUUGGACAAUAUAAACGACAGUGACGAAGAGCAGAAGCAAUAUUGGGACGACACGGAAAGACUCUUCCACAGCAUGAAAGUGAAGGUACUGCAUACAGAGGUAUUUGCCGACUAUACGCUCAGAAAAAUGGAAAUUACAAAAGUAAAGGGGGAUGACGAGGUCUGCACGUUGAUCCAAUUCCAUUUCACAUCCUGGCCUGACAACAGCGUACCUUGUAUCUGGCGUCUGGUAGACUUUGAGCAUCGAGUAUUUCGUGAGCCGACUCAGGCGUUAACGGUAGUGCAUUGUAGAAAUGGAUCAACGAGAACGUCAGUAUUUUUGGCUCUUCACGAUCUCCUUAUGCAAGCAAGAACCACCCAAUCAGUCGACUUCGUGGGGACAGUCAAGGCAAUUAGGAGGGGCAGAUCUCAAAUGAUUGAUAGUUUUGACUAUUACAUGUUUCUACACCACGCUCUUAUGGCAGCGGUUACCUGUGACGGAUCAUACAUUCAUCUGAACGAGGUGUUUCUGAAGAAUCUAACGUACAUAACGACUUCAUUUGAAGCUGACCCUGACAAGGAGAAGGUUCUAGUCGACCAUGCGGACAAAAACAGGUUCAAUGUUUACACAAAUGAGAUGUACCGACCACUAUUACAUCCCGACUAUAGCGACAUAGGGGACUACAUCAAUGCUGUAUCUGUUCAGGUGUCUGAUUCUGGAACAAUCGAUUACCUCACUCAGCUGCCUCUACCCACGACGGUCACCGACUUCUGGAGACUGGUCUCUCAGUAUGACGUCACUCUCAUUGUAGCGUUUGAACUAGAACUCAGAAAAAAUGAUGCUACCAUUGGCGUGUAUUUACCAGAAAGUGAGGAAACUCCACUGUUGUGUGGGACCAUAAGAGUGUAUAAAGAGUCGUUCACAUCAGGAACAUGUUUUGAGGAGCUAACGCUUAGACUACAGCAAGAGGGAAUGGGGCAGGAAACAAAAGCACUCACCAUUGUGUACUAG